ACAUUAUGCAAAAAGGCAGCUCGAGCAGCUGGGAGAGAGGCAGAGCAAGCCUUUGCUCCACUUGCAUCACGGCCGCUUGAAAACAAGCCUGGAUUACUCGAUGGGCUCUCGCUGCCAGGCCAGCUGAAUGAAGCCGAGCGGCAUGGCUUGAUUUCUGACGUAGCAGGAUUGCUAAACAACAUGGGGAAUCAGGAUGGAAAGCUGAAGAGAAAUGCAGGUGAUGUGCAUGAAGGAGGCGAGGAUGCUUCUGGGCCUAGGGAUGCAGAAGGCACAAAGAAGGGAUCAGGAAGCAAAAAGGGACUGGGGAGGUACGGCAAAGGGGGUGAAUCCGGCAAAAAGAAGGGAAAGUCAGAGUCCAGGGCAUCUGUGUUUUCCAAUCUAAGGAUCAGAAAAAAUCUGUCCAAGGCUAAAGAUGGAAACAGCAGCUCGAGAGAGGAUGUUUUAGAAAGCCAGGCCUCACAAACGGGAGAGCUGGACAGCGCUCAUUCAAUUCUUACCAAAACUCCUGAUAUAAGCAUUUCUGCUGAUGAAGCGGGGCUCUCGGACACAGAUGUGGAACAUUUUGAGAUUACAAAUGAAACUCGUCCAGCUGCUGCUGAACCGCAGGAUGGACAAAGGACCAGCUCCGGCUCGGAUACGGAUAUAUACAGUUUCCAUUCAGCUACUGAACAAGAGGAUUUGCUUUCUGAUAUCCAGCAGGCUAUUAGACUGCAACUGCAGCAGCAGCAGGGGGCAAUUAACAUUGGAACGGAGCAGCAUGGCACCAAAACAAUGGAUCUACACAUGGCUAAUUCUCAAGCUACCCCCUUAGAUUUUGAAAGGUUUCUUUCAGUAAGCAGCGACAAAGACAGCAGUCCAGAUACUGAGCAGGCUGUCUCGGCAAAAUCGGAAAUUGCAGGAUAUAUCCUCGCUUGUGAUGCUGAAGUGAAGGAAGAGGCAAAUAACAUGGGAUUUCCCUACAGUAGUGUGUUUGAUACAGAGGACCACAGGCGAUUGCCAGAGGAGCAAGAGCAACCUGCUGGUGAAGUAAAAGAUCUCAUCCUUUCAAAUGCUACAGUGACUGAAAAUGGGACUCUGCUAGGCAGUUCUGUGUUUAAUUUUCCAUCCCCAGUGGGAGAGUCAGAGACUGAAGUAAUAGAUAUUGAAUCUGCAGGUUCAGGAAUAGGGGGUAAUAUAGCAGAUGCAGACCACAUUCAGGUUGAUGGAGCCAAAGAAAGAAAAUCUAGUGUGUCCAAGAAGAAUGGAUUUUUCAUUAAAAAUGGUACUUUCCCCUCCGAGGACAGCCCAAGCAGUCCUGCGCUUAGUUCCAAAUGUUUCAAGUCUUAUCCUCCCAUAAACCCAUGUUACAUCAAAACUACCACAAGGCAGCUGAGUUCUCCAAACCAUUCACCUUCUCUCUCCCCAUCCCAGAGUCCACUUUUUAAAAGGAGGCGUGAGUCCUCUCACCGAAAAGAGAGCAACUCAACCAAGAAGCAGAGGUCAGCUAGUUUGGCCAGUUCAUUCAGCCGCUCAGCAGACUGGACAGAUGAAAUUUCGGAUCAUCGAGGUGAAAUAGCUCACAAGUCAGGGUCUGCAGACUUCUUGGAGUACAGGAGGAUAAGAGAUGGCUUUUUAGGAGAGAGAAUGUCUUUGAAUAAUUCAAGAAAGUCCUCAGGGAUGACGCUUUCAAGUGACACCUUCCCCAAUGUGUUCAGAGGCCGAACUCUACUGGAAAAGCUGUCUAGCCAGCAGGAAAAUGCACCACAAGAGGAAGCUGAGAAGCUUUGUUCUUGGAUCAUUGCAAUGGGUCUACUUCUCCCCUUCAGUGAUUGUUUCAGAGAACCAUGUAGUCAAAGUGCACAACAAAGUGCACCAACCUUUGAUCAAGAUCAGCUUUAUACUUGGGCUGCAGUCAACCAACCCACACAUUCAUCAGAUUACAUCGAAGGGCGAUUUCCAAGGAGAAUUCCAUCAGUGUGGCCACCGCCAAAGCCUCCAGAUGAAGAGCAGACAGUGAAACAAACAGAAAAAGAAAAUGCACAAGCAUUGGAAGAUGCUACAGUGGAAACAGAGACAGAAUAUACAGAGGAUGUUCAGGUGCAGGAAGAUGUCAUAAUGAAAUCAAAAGAGCGUGCAAAUGAAAUUCAGCGGCUUGAGCAGACUAUACAAGAUCUGAAAUCAAAAAUUGCAGAGUUAGAGAAACAGUUUCCAACAGCAGAGUUGCCAAUUUCUUCUAGAACUCAGUGGGAUGAGAUGAAUCAACCAACUUCUGAAGGGCUCUCUGACGCAAGGCUUCAUGAGAAGGAACCAUGUACCCCAUCUAAAACAAUAACUGCAAAGUCAGUGCAGACUUCACCAACAGAAGAUUGUUUGAUGCACACAAUGCCUUCAGCCAAUACACUGCCACAACUUCUCAAAGGGGAUGCAAGUCAAGGGACAACUCAACUAUUGCCAACGCUUGAGCCGCAAACAACAUUUUGCUCAGAAAUAUCUUUAGUUCUCUCACCAAAACAGAUUUCAGUACAGUUGGAUAUUGCCCAAGAUAAACAACCUAUGUUACAGCCUUCAGGACAAGAUGCUAAUUUAUUACCAUCUGAGGAAUUUGUAUCAUCCUAUCCACCUUUAAAUACUGAGACAAUUACCUGCAGUGAACAUUCCCCAUUCUUAUCUUCUCAUCCCAGUUCCAGCUACCCCAUUGGACUGUCUGGCACAGAAGGACUGUCUAGUUCCCUGCCUGGAGCAGGUGGCCUGAUUUUAACCUCAUCUGACUCAGGUGUAAUACCUCCACCACCACCCCUACCUGCUUCAGGAUAUCCCCUGUCUUCAUCUUGCACAGUGCCACCUCCUGCACCACCAUUGCCUGGGGAAGGUAUUCCUCCACCACCUCUGCCGGGAAUGGGCAUGCCUCCUCCUGCCUCUGUUGUGUGUUUUGCAACCAUCCCACCUGCACCUCCUUUACCCAUGGAUAUCCCACCUCCACCAUCUUUUUCUGGAAUGAGAGUGCCACCCCCUCCACCUUUGCCAGGGGCAGCUAUUCCGCCUGCACCACCACUGCCUGGCAUAGGUGGUCCACUCUUUUCUAUACCUCCCACUGGAUUGCAGAUACCUCCAACAUCCCUACCUUUGGCAACGAUGGCAGUGCCACCACCUCCACCUCUACCAGGAAUGGGAGUGCCUCCACCUCCUCCACCUUUACCAGACAUGGGGGCACAACCUCCUCCCCCCCCUUUCCUGGGAAUGCCACCCAUUCCCCCACCUCCACCUUUGCCAGGCAUGGGUUUGCCACCUCCUCCCCCACCUUUACCUGGUGCAGGAGCUCCCCCUCCUCCUCCACCUAUACCUGGUGCAGGUGUUCCUCCUCCUCCUCCACCUUUGCCAGGCAUGAAUAUGCCACCCUUUCCCCCACCUUUGCUUGGUGCUGGAGCUCCUCCCCCUCCUCCCCCUUUGCCUGGUGCUGGAGCUCCUCCCCCUCCUCCCCCUUUGCCUGGUGCGGGAGACCCUCCUCCUCCCCCACCUUUUCCUGGUAUGGGUGUGCCACCUUCGCCAACUGCUAACUUUCCUCACGUUUCUGGGUUUCCUCAACCUCCCUUGCCAACUGGUUUAUUUGUAAUGGGGAUGCACCAGGAAAAAGGGAGCAGGAAACAUGCAAUAGAACCUUCUCGACCAAUGAAGCCUCUUUAUUGGACAAGAAUUCAGCUGCAUAAUAAAAGAGAUUCUAGUGCUUCACUUGUGUGGGAAAAAAUUGAAGAGCCUUCCAUAGAUUAUCAUGAAUUUGAAGAACUGUUUUCUAAAACAGCUGUUAAAGAGAGGAAGAAACCCAUUUCGGACACCAUUACAAAGACAAAGAACAAGCAAGUUGUCAAGCUGUUGAGCAACAAAAGGUCACAAGCAGUUGGGAUAUUAAUGUCCAGUCUUCAUUUGGAUAUGAAAGAUAUACAACAUGCUGUUGUGAACUUGGACAACUCUGUAGUUGACUUAGAGACCCUUCAAGCCCUUUAUGAAAAUAGAGCACAAUCUGAUGAACUGGAAAAAAUAGAAAAACAUGGCAAGUCAAGUAAGGAAAAAGAGAAUGCCAAAUCAUUGGACAAGCCUGAACAAUUUCUUUAUGGAGCUGUCUCUAAUUCCCAACUUCCUCAAAACGAGUUUUUUUUGUAUCCUGUUCCAAAUCAAACAUUUUCAGAAAUGGUAUUUCCUCCAUCCAUUGCACAGACUUGGGUGGCUUUAGAAACAUGUGUCAGACACUGAAAAGUGGCUCAGGAGUGAUGCGAGUUUUAGGCUUGGUCCUUGCCUUUGGAAAUUACAUGAAUGGAGGAAACAGGACACGAGGUCAGGCAGAUGGCUUUGGAUUAGA